UGUUACCUUCAGGAUAAAGAGAAUAAAAUAACUUAUAUAAUCUCACCCUGUAAGGAAGAUAAAGUCGCUAUUCUUGAAUUUGCUGUUAAAACUCUAUUAGCAAAUCAAGGUUACCAAGCUCUCUUCCCUAACUUCAACCUUUAUAUGAAUGAUUUUGAGAAAGACAAACCUAUAGAAUCAGCAGAAGAGAUCUUUAA